AUGGCAUCACAAAUUUUAAAUAGAUUUAAACAGUUUGAUGCAUAUGCUAAAACUUUAGAAGAUUUCAGAGUAAAAACAGCAAGUGGUGCUUUUAUUACUAUACUUGGUGGAACAGUUAUGAUUCUUCUAAUAAUAUCUGAGUUACAUACAUACAUGUCGCCUAACAUAUCUGAAGAAUUGUUCGUAGACACAUCCAGAGGUCAUAAGAUAAGAAUAAAUUUUGAUAUUAUUGUUCCUAGAAUAUCAUGUAAUUACUUAGUUCUUGAUGCAAUGGAUUCAUCUGGAGAGCAACACUUACAAAUAGACCAUAAUAUAUUUAAAAGACGCUUAGACUUAGAUGGAAACCCAAUAGAAGAAGCAAAAAAAAGAAGAAAUAAUGACUUCAACUGCAGUUCCAAAUAA